ACACGCGUCCCGAGCUCGCCCGAAGCUGCUAGGCUGAGGCUGCUGUCCCGGCGGGAGCUGAGGCGCGGAGCGGCCAGUCUGCUGCGUCUGCCCUCGUUUUGUUUCACGACUCACACUCCGUGCUCCAUCCCCCAAGAGUUCGCGUUCCCCGCGCAGCGGUCGAGAGGCGGCUGCCCGCGGUCCCGCGGGGGCCCGGGGCGAUGGCGGCGCGGGGUUCGGGGCCGCGCGAGCUCCGCCUGCUGCUCUUGGUCCAGCUGGUCGCGGGGCGCUGCGGUCUGGUGGGCGCGGCGGGCGGCGCGCAGGGAGGAUUAUCUGAACCUUCUUCUAUUGCAAAACAUGAAGAUAGUUUGCUUAAGGAUUUAUUUCAAGACUACGAAAGAUGGGUUCGUCCUGUGGAACACCUGAAUGACAAAAUAAAAAUAAAGUUUGGACUUGCAAUAUCUCAAUUGGUGGAUGUGGAUGAGAAAAAUCAGUUAAUGACAACAAACGUCUGGUUGAAACAGGAAUGGAUAGAUGUAAAAUUAAGAUGGAACCCUGAUGACUAUGGUGGAAUAAAAGUUAUACGUGUUCCUUCAGACUCUGUUUGGACACCAGACAUCGUUUUGUUUGAUAAUGCAGAUGGACAUUUUGAAGGGACCAGUACGAAAACAGUCAUCAGGUAUAAUGGCACUGUCACCUGGACUCCACCGGCAAACUACAAAAGUUCCUGUACUAUAGACGUCACAUUUUUCCCAUUUGACCUACAGAACUGUUCCAUGAAAUUUGGUUCUUGGACUUAUGAUGGAUCACAGGUUGAUAUAAUUCUAGAGGACCAAGAUGUAGACAAGAGGGAUUUUUUUGAUAAUGGAGAAUGGGAAAUUGUGAGUGCAACGGGGAGCAAAGGAAAUAGAACCGACAGCUGUUGCUGGUAUCCGUAUGUCACUUACUCAUUUGUAAUCAAGCGCCUGCCUCUCUUUUAUACCUUGUUCCUUAUAAUACCCUGUAUUGGGCUGUCAUUUUUAACUGUACUUGUCUUCUAUCUUCCUUCAAAUGAAGGUGAAAAGAUUUGUCUCUGCACUUCAGUACUUGUGUCUUUGACUGUCUUCCUUCUGGUUAUUGAAGAGAUCAUACCCUCGUCUUCAAAAGUCAUACCUCUGAUUGGAGAGUAUCUGGUAUUUACCAUGAUUUUUGUGACACUGUCAAUUAUGGUAACCGUCUUCGCUAUCAACAUUCAUCAUCGUUCUUCCUCAACACAUAAUGCCAUGGCGCCUUGGGUCCGCAAGAUAUUUCUUCACAAGCUUCCCAAACUGCUUUGCAUGAGAAGUCAUGUAGAUAGGUUGUUGAAGAUUGGAAAUUCAUAGCCCGGGUUCUUGAUCGGAUGUUUCUGUGGACUUUUCUUUUCGUUUCAAUUGUUGGAUCUCUUGGGCUUUUUGUUCCUGUUAUUUAUAAAUGGGCAAAUAUAUUAAUACCAGUUCAUAUUGGAAAUGCAAGUAAGUGAAGCCUCCCAAGGGACUGAAGUAUACAUUUAGUGAACACACAUAUAUCUGAUGGCACCUAUAAAAUUAUGAAAAUGUAAGUUAUGUGUUAAAUUUAGUGCAAGCUUUAACAGACUAACAGUUGCUAACCUCAAUUUAUGUUAACAGAUGAUCCAUUUGAACAGUUGACUGUAUGACUGAAGUAGUAACUGAUGAGAUACAUUUGAUCUUCUAAAAAUAGCAGCAAAAUAUUAUCUGAACUGGACUAGUGAAAAAUCUAGUAUUUGUAUCCUGGUGAAUAAUACUAAUUUAUAAUCCACAGUAAAGUUCAUCCUUUGUGCUGGAGAAUUCCAGUUGUAUUUGAAGACUGAUUUUAAAACUUUUCUGCAUUUGGUAAAGGUAUGUAAACUUCCUGUACUCACUGAGUAACAGCUAAUCUUUAAUAUAAUAUUAUACUGCUAUAUGUAAAAAGCUGACUACUUGAUAUAAUUAUUUAAUGUGAUGCUUGAUAUAAUAAUUACUUAAUGUGGCCAGGCACGGUGGCUCACACCUGUAAUCCCAGCACUUUGGGAGGCCAAGGCGGGCGUAUCACCUGAGGUUGGGAGUUUGAGACCAGCCUGACCAAUGUAGAGUAAACCCCAUCUCUACUAAAAAUACAAAAUUAGCCAGGGUGGUGGCACACACCUGUAAUCCCAGCUACCUGGGAGGCUGAGGCAGGAGAAUCGCUUGAACCCAGGUGGCAGAGGUUGCAGUGAGCUGAGAUCAUGCCAUUGCACUCCAGCCUGGGCAACAAGAGCAAAACUCCGUCUCAAAUAAUAACAACAACAACUUAAUGUGAUGCUGCUUUUCCAUAACCAACAUUUUAAAAAUAAAUGAAAAACAGGAAUUGGGAACUCCUUUAAGGCUUACUUUAUUCUUUAGAUGCUUAAACUUAAUAAUUAUUGUGUUAACUAUUUCUGUAGCUUACCUUCCACUGUAAAGUCAUACAGUAGACAACUCCUGUGGACACGCAGUAGCAUAUCCUUAACAUUAAUUUCAAUCCUCUUGUCCACAUUUCCCACAAUUAAUAGAAUCAUCUUCUAUAUAAAUUGUGGUAGUAUCUCUUUAUCCUUGAUCUUAGAAUAGUCAGUCCACUACAAUUACAUGAACCCCAUUUAAAAAACAUAUUUAGGGCCGGGGGCAGUGGCUCACAUCUGUAAUCCAAGCACUUUGGGAGGCUGAGGCGGGUGGAUCACCAGAGGUUAGGAGUUCGAGACUAGCCUGACCAACAUGGUGAAGCCCCGUCUCUACUAAGAAUACAAAAUAUUACUUGGGCGUGGUAGCAGGCACCUGUAGUCUCAGCUACUCAAAAGGCUGAGGCAGGAGAAUCGCUUAAACUUGGGAGGUGGAGGUUGCAGUGAGCCAAGACUGCGCCACUGCACUCCAGCCUGGCAACAAGAGUAAAACUGUCUCAAAAAGUAAAUAAUAAAAAACAUAUUUUGGUCUAAAUCAUUCUGUGAGAAAACAAUCUUCUAAUAUGAAAAAUAGUAUUCUAAUUUGGUAUAUGCACACUGUUAUAUACCUGUAAUAUUUCAGUUUUCUCUCCUUCAUUUUAACAAUUACAGUAAUAGAAUCUUAGAGUUGCAAGGGCCUUUAGAUGUAAUCAAUCUUAGCCUAUUACUAGUACAGCGUAAAUGAUUUAGUACAGUAUAAUGUAUCACAGUUAAAUUCCAUCUCUAAAUGUCACCAGUUUAGGUGUGACCAGGUAGCAAACACUGACAGAAACCCUCUGUUCAAUUUAGAACUCUUAGCUGUUGAGAUCACAAACACCUCAUUUAUUUAUAAUAAGUAACCUAUCUAAGUUCAAGCCAAUGCUCUUUGGAAGGCAGAGGAGACCCUAUCUAAUUUGCAUUUAAUUGUAGGCAGGUGUUUAAUGCCAUUUAAUGAGUGAAAGCCUGGUGUGAUGAAUUUAAAUUGCCUGCUAGCUACCUACCUUAGCUCGUAUACAUCCCUGAUCCCUCUUAUACUACCAUUACUGUUACUUAUGAUUUUUAUAUAUAAAUAAAUUUUACCGACA